AUGACUGAAAGUGGGUUGCAGGCCGCUAAAAUGAGUUGUCUCGAUUGCGAAAGUUCUAUAUUGACCGAGUCUAGGCCCAGGCGUAAAGCGGAAAGCCUCGGAGGAGGCUCUUUCCCCAGAUUCUCAACAACAGAGCAAGAAAACUCGCACCGAUUCUCCAGAGCGGGAACUGAAGAAGCCGCCGCUGCGAAUCGUUCCUUUUCCCGAGAAGAAGAACGCCGAGGCGAAAUCGAGUUUCGCGUGGUCAAUAACGAUGGUUCGCGCGAUAGCUUCAUUGUCCUCACCGGACUGAAAUGCAUCUUUCAAAAACAACUUCCUAAAAUGCCAAAAGACUAUAUUGCCCGGUUGGUCUACGAUAGGUCGCAUCUCUCGAUUGCCAUUGUCAAGCAUCCACUGGAAGUCGUUGGAGGUAUAACCUACCGGCCGUUCAACAGCCGCAGGUUUGCGGAGAUAGUCUUUUGCGCCAUUUCUUCUGAUCAGCAGGUUAAGGGAUAUGGUGCGCAUCUGAUGUCCCAUCUGAAAGACUACGUCAAGGCCACUUCGGACAUUAUGCACUUUCUGACCUAUGCCGAUAAUUAUGCGAUCGGGUAUUUCAAGAAACAAGGAUUCACAAAAGAGAUUCAACUGGACCGAUCUAUAUGGAUGGGCUACAUCAAAGAUUAUGAAGGAGGAACCAUCAUGCAGUGCACAAUGCUCCCGAAAAUCCGGUAUCUCGAAUCCGGGCGCAUGUUGCUCAAACAGAAAGAGGCGGUCCACGCAAAGAUUCGUGCCUUCAGCAAAUCGCAUAUCAUCCAUCCGCCGCCGAAGGAGUGGAAGAACGGACCUGUCAAGAUUGACCCGUUGAGCAUUCCCGCCAUUAAAGAGUCCGGCUGGUCGCCGGAUAUGGACGAACUCGCUCGUCAGCCACGACACGGGCCGAAUUACAAUCAACUCUUGCACCUUCUCAACGAUAUGCAAAACCACAGCGCAGCAUGGCCGUUCACUCAACCUGUCAAUAAGGAUGAGGUGCUCGACUACUAUGAAGUCAUCAAGGAGCCAAUGGAUCUGUCGACGAUGGAGGAGAAGCACGAGAAAGACAUGUACCCGACGCCACAAGAUUUCAUUAAAGAUGCCGUAUUGAUGUUUGAUAACUGUCGGCGGUAUAAUAACGAGAACACACCCUACGCCAAGAGCGCGAACAAGUUAGAGAAGUUCAUGUGGCAGCAGAUUCGAAACAUCCCCGAGUGGUCGGUAAGUACAAUUUGA